UGAAGAAGAAGUGAAGAAGCUCCGGCCGGUCGAGGGCAACUCUAACCUGACAGGUGAGUUUACGACUGGAACUCUAACCUGACAGGUUCCUAUCAUCAUGGGAGACUUCCAGCAGUUUGAGCAGGACUUCUACCAGACGGGCUACUACAUCGACCAGCAGGGACACCCGGUUCUCUACGACCCCUACGACCCCAACGAUGAGUUCGGGGGGCAGGACUCCCCCCCAGGGGGUCCUGGGGGUCCGGGUCCGUUCACGGAGCAGCGCUACGCCGGGGAGAUCUACCAGCCCACGGUGCAUUCACACACCUAUGGGAACUCAGAGUCUCCCGAGGACGAACCGCCGCUUCUCGUUGAACUAGGGAUCGACUUCGACCACGUUUGGCAGAAGACGCUGACGGUUCUGAACCCGUUCAAGCCGGCGGACGGAAGCAUCAUGAACGAGACGGACCUGACGGGCCCGGUGCUGUUCUGCAUCGCGCUGGGCGUCGCCCUGAUGCUGGCGGGGAAGGUCCACUUCGGCUACGUCUACGGGCUCAGCGCCACCGCCUGCACCGGCAUGUUCUUCCUGCUGAGCCUGAUGAGCUCGCUGGCCGUGUCCUACGGCUGCGUGGCUAGCGUGCUAGGCUACUGCCUGCUGCCCAUCGUCGGCCUGGCGGCCCUGGCCGUCUUCUGCUCUCUGCAGGGCAUGCUGGGAAGUGUCCUAACCCUGGCAGCCAUCGGGUGGUGCAGCUUCUCGGCCUCCAAGAUCUUCAUCUCCACCCUGUUGAUGCAGGACCAGCAGCUGCUGGUGUUCUACCCGUGUGCCCUGAUGUACGGCCUCUUCACCCUGGUCACCGUCUUCUAGGCUGCUGUACGGACUCUUCACCCUGGUCACCGUCUUCUAGGCUGCUGUACAGGUGGGCACUAGUAGGUGCCCCCCUGUACAGCAGCCGCCUGCCUCCAAAUCUACAUUUAGAUACUCUAGGAACUACGAGUAAACCUGCACUCUGAGAACGGAGAGCUCUGCCAGGAACAUAAGGCACUAUCAGGUCUUGUAAAUAAUGCAGAGCUAAGCCGUUUUGGGCUUUAUACGCAAGUAAUAAAAAAUUGGAUUCUGAAUUUUACGGGUAACCAAUGGAGCGGCGCUAACACUGGAGAGACGUGGUCUCUCCUGCUGAUUCCUGUCAGUACUCGUGCUGCUGCAUUCUGGAUCAGCUGGAGUCUAUUCAGCAAAUUACUUGGACAUCCUGCUAACAACACAUUACAGUAAUCUAGUCUAGAAGAUACAAACGCAUGAACUAGUUUUUCUGCAUCACUCUGCGAGAGGAUUUUCCUAAUCUUUGCAAUAUUACGGAGAUGGAAAAAUGCGUAGUUUCACCUUUUAAGUUGAAUUAUUGAAAUAAAUUAACUUUUACACCAUAUUCUAAUUUUCCGACCUUCACCUGUAGCUAUAUUUAUAUUUACUAUAGCAGCAUAGGCUAUUUCAGUUGCUAACAUGGUUGUCUGUCUGUUCAGUCAUGCAAGUUCAAUGCUAUUAAAGCACUUUAAACUCUAAAUCAAAGCAUUUUGUUUUUUCAUAUAAAAUAAAUACAUUUCUCUGCAGUUUAGAAGUUUUGGGGAUGUCCCUUUUUUUUGGCGACUGCGCUGCUGAAAUCGGGGAGUCGUUAUUUCUAUUUCUGAAAGGUGGCGACCCUAGAAUAAACCAAACCAGCAUCUUUAGUCUGAUGUUGCAGCAAUUAAUAGUUUAUUUUGGUUACAUUACAUUAUAUGCAACUUAACUUGUGUGCAUGUAACUGACAAAACAUUAUCAUAAAUAUUUACGUCUGAAGCCGAAGCUUAUUUUUUCCAAAAGAUAACCCAGUUCAUCAGUAAUACAAAAGAAAAGAAAAUUUACUCUAAAUCGCUCUGCAUAAUUAAAUUAUAUUCUAAUCAUUUUGAAUUGUAAUCCUUAAUUAAAUAAUUUUGUCUUUCAAUAUUUCUUUUAAAUAUUUUUACUGAACUUUUUUGACUGAAAUCACGAAGGUGUGAAUGUGAACAAAACUGGUGUUUAAUGUGUGUUUAUUUUGUUAUUAAGUUAUUAACAUAAACUCCUACAGCAGGAGGUUUAUGUAGAAAAUAGAUCUUUAUUUAUUUUAAGGACAAUAAUCAAGAUCACUGCAAAAACAACUUCAGCUGCAGCUGCAGUUUUAUCAGCAUCUUCCUCUGGUUCAUGUACAGUUCUGUAAACUAUUUGUAUUUUCAUCUGAUUUCAUGUUUUGGUGCAUCUGAAUGUGUCUGUAUUUAAUUACAGUUUGUGUUUAUA